UUAAUGUGGACAACAGAACACCUCCCUCAAAUGUCAUGGAGAUGGUGGGGUGUGAUUAUACGAUUCCUUCAUAGAUACAGUAUGAUGAGUGAAUGUUGUCACCAGGGGCGGACUGACAACCCAUGGGGCCCCUGGGCAAUAGGGGAUCAUGGGGCCCCUGUGUCCUUGUCUAAACUAAAAAAAAGCCUAUGAAAAAGGUACCAGGGGCAUCUCAUGGGGCCCCCUACUGACCCCGGGCCCUCGGGCAGUGCCCAAGUUUCCAAAUGGUCAGUCUGCCCCUGGUUGUCACCUUAGGACAGGAAUCAUGUUACUGGCUG